AUGUCGAACAAGGUGCACAAGCGUGGCCAUUCCACCGAGCCGCCGUCGCUUUCCAACGACCUCAACUACCCCACGUUCGGCCCGGAAAACGACGGGUUGUUGCCGAUUUCCCGCCAGGAUAUUGAUGAGAAAUCAUCGUCUACGUUCACUCCCAGGCCUACAGGAGCCACCAAGAGGUCCAACACCCUCAAGGCAAUCGACCGUCCGGCGUUUGCUGUGCUCGUCGUGCUCUACUUGUUGCAGGGUGUGCCAGUGGGACUUGCUUUCGGAUCCAUUCCGUUCAUCCUCAAGUCCAAGUUGUCUUUCUCCCAGGUGGGUAUCUUCUCGUUGGCUGCGUACCCCUACUCGAUGAAGUUGUUGUGGUCGCCCAUUGUGGACGCCAUCUACUCGCCCAAGGUAGGCAGAAGACGCUCGUGGAUCAUUCCCAUCCAGCUUAUUUCGGGAACCACAUUGAUCUACCUCGGCUCGAUCAUCGACACCUUGGUGGAGAACCCCAAGCCCCACCUUACCAAGAUCACGGUGUGCUUCUUCUUGUUGGUGUUGUUCUGCGCCACCCAGGAUAUUGCCGUGGACGGCUGGGCUUUAACGUGUUUGUCUCCCGAGUGUCUUUCGUUUGCAUCCACUGCACAGACGGUGGGAAUCAACUCAGGCUACUUCUUGUCGUUCACCAUCUUUUUGGCGUUGUCGUCGCCUGAUUUCGCCAACAAGUACUUGCGGAGCGUGCCCUUGGAACAGGGCCUCUUCACCUUGGGACAAUACUUGAACUUCUGGGGCUGGGUGUAUCUUGUUGUGACUGGGCUCUUGUACUUCAUUCCCGAAGAUCCACCUCAUUUGGCAAAGUCAAACCAGGCCAAGCUUGCCAGUGAAAAGGUGAAGGUGGAAACCGCCUACAACAGCAAGGCUUCCAAAUGGAACGAGUUGAAGGCUGUGUACGAGUCCAUGUACCAGGUUCUCAAGUUGCCCAACAUCCAAGUGUUGAUUGUGAUUUUGUUGACAGCCAAAUUCGGGUUCCAGGUCAACGAGGCUGCCACUAACUUGAAGCUCCUCGAGAAGGGCUUGUCCAAGGAGGAUUUGUCCAUCACCGUCUUGAUCGACUUCCCGUUCGAAAUGGUGUUUGGCUACUACGCAGGAAGAUGGUCCAACGGGAAAGUGCCGUUGAGGCCGUGGCUUAUUGGGUUUGCUGGCCGCUUGGUGGCUGCGUUGUUUGCACAGGUGUUGAUCUACUUCUUCCCGCAAGAGGGCAAGGUCAGCUCGAAGUACUUCCUUUUGAUCAUCCUACAACACUUGUUAAACUCAUUUAUGGCCACCAUCCAGUUCGUGUCCCUUUCUGCAUUUUUCACCAAGAUCGCCGACCCUGCCAUUGGUGGAACCUACAUGACGACCUUGAAUACCAUCUCCAACUACGGAGGCACCUGGCCCAGGUUGAUCAUCCUUUACUUGAUCGACAAAUUCACCCUCAGCGAAUGCCACACCCUGGCAAAUGGGUUUUCCAUCACUUCGGAGUCGUUGAAGGAGAAGUGCAACGAGCUUGGGGGUACCAUAAACAUUCUUAGAGACGGAUAUUACUACACCAACAUCAUUUGCGUGGUAAUUGGGUUUGCCAUCUUGCUUUGGGUGAAGAAGAGAGCCACCCAUCUACAGUCCUUGCCACCUAGUGCAUGGAGAGUCAAGUAA